AGAGUCUCUACAACAAGCUUACUUCAACUGAUGCAAGUUCCACUCCUCAGAACCCAGGCGAUUUCAACGACAAUGUAGAUUCAACGAUCAAGAGCAUCAACGAACCAACAAAGAAGAAAGUCAAGGUACCAGCGAACAGCACAGAAAACCAAACCAACAAACUGCCAGGUAGCUAG